AUGGGUAAGGAAAAAGAAGAAAUGAGGCAUGAUUUCGAGAAAGCACGAACUGCUGUCUUGAUACAGUCGCUCCUGUGAGUUAUUCUCUUAUUCAAGGUUGGACUUUUUUUCAGUAUUUCUCUUUUUUUACCGGUUUUAUCAUUUAGAAAAAGUUCUUGACGCAGCAAAUGAAGGAUAUGCCGAAAAACUAUCAAGUCAAAGCUUACAGUAACAUUUUUUUAAAGGGAACUUAGGGUCAAUCUGAUUGUUUAGCUUAAUUUUUCUUUUUUUCAAAAACUUCUUUCAUUUUUCAUUUCGAGCCUCCCUCCUUUAUUUUUUUCUAAUUUGAACUUUUUAAAGAUCAUCUACGAGCUUACAAUCGGUUUACUUUUUCUGUUUUUUUAUUGAAACUACUCUUUUUCCUAGUCACAUUUUUUUCCUAUGAAAAAAAUAAACGAUACACAUGUUUUUUUCCUCAUAUUGUCCUUUUUUUAUUCUUACUUGAAGCUUCACUCUUUCGCCUCAAUUCAAUUUUUUUCUUCUUCAGAUUUGUACAUACUUUCAGUUUACUUCGAAUUCGAAAAUGUAUCAUCAAUUAUUUGGAAAUUUCUUUAAUGCUCUCAAGUUUUUCAUUUAAAUAUAUUGUUUAUAUUAAAUAAAAAAAGUAAAGAAGGUUGAUAAAGACCGAUAUGUUAUCAUGUACAACCCAAUAAAAGUAUGAAGCAUAGAAAGCAAAUCAAGAAAAAAAAAAAGCCCAAUCGAGCUAAAAAAUUUUUUUGAAAGAGCGACAUAGCAGCGAGAUGUGAGCGACCUUGCGCCGAGAGGCGAGCGAUAUAGCUCGCGGCUCCCCCGCGAUAUAGCGUUUCUCUCGCUGCGACCUCGUCCGUAAAACUGGGUGUACCGUAGACCUUUUAUUCAGUAGCCGUGAAGUGUACACACGAAAACUUUUAGGUCUUGAAGCGGAGCGCAGAAAAGAAGCUCUGUAUACUGUGGUUUUUCCUGCUUGUUUUUUUCAAUGAGACAAAUUCGUGCGAAGGAUCAAAUCCAAUUUAUUGAGCUGUGUUCAAAUGAAUUUCGUGGAUUUCAAAAUUUACGUGUUUUCGUUUAAAAUUAUUUCGCCUACGAUAAAAAAUUGGGGUUUUUGAAGGCGUGAAAAAAACCCUAUUGUAUAAAACAAGAUAGCGACUUUCCAAAACUCCGAGUUUUGAAAAUUUUUAACCAAAGUUGGCUUCUUAAAUUUAAAUUUUGCUUGUUCGAAGGUUUUGAAGGUCGACGUUAGUCUAAUUCGACAUAAACGACCUUUUUUUUUUGGAAAAAAGGCAGGGCAAUCGCUAUAAAACAACCUCAGUUUCAUAAAGUUUUAUAUCAACUUUCUAUGAAAAUUUAGCAUUUUUUUAGCUUCAAUAGUUGAGAAGUGAAGAAAAUUUUCGUCGUAGAAAUAAAAACUUGAAUUAUUCCUUUUUUUAUGCAUUCGAUGAACUCGUUUUUAGCUCGUUUAAUUUAUUAAUUCAGAAAAAAACUUCAAAGUUUACUUUCAAGUGGACGCAGUAAAAUGCCAGCUUCGAUGUUAGUUUUUUUUAUCACUUUCAUAAACUAACAAAAAAAUUUUUUUCAGCAGAUAUUUUUGAUGACGAUGAUGGAUGGGGCGAUAGUUCGUUUCAUUUAAAUUUACUUUUUCUGUGAUUGUUUAAAGUCUUAAUUUCAGGCCCUGUUCCCACUAGCGCCUCGGUCCGCUCUUAUUCAUUGCAAGCUCCCAACUUCGGUAUUAAUUUAUAUUUUUGCCUGUUCAUUAUAUAUUUUCUUCAGUUUUGACGAACGAAAGAAGGUCGUCGUAUAGUUCAAAUUUCAACCAGAUUCCUGAAGAGCCAGAAGAUCAUACUCAAAGUUCUUUUUUACAAGUUAUUAUUGAACAUUUUGGUAGUUUGCUUUUUUCUACUCAGAUGGAUACUCCCUCGCAAGCUUUCGAAAAAGUUUCAAGAUGAAACGAAUUCAAGUAAAGACCUUACGAGAUUAAAAUAACUUUUGAAAACUUUCUUGAGUAUACGUUCAAACUUUCUAAAGUUAGGAACGGUUCAAAAAUUAGGGGUGUACGGUUUUUUUUUUCUCUUAACGCCCUCUGAUUCACCAGGGCUUUCCAUCUUUCGAGCGUAGAAUCAUUUAUUUUCCUUAUAUCAGAAGGCUUUGAAGAAUUUUAUAUAUUUCCAGGUCUUCAGAAAGCGGUUGGUUUGGCGGAGAAAGAGAAUUCUGAAUUCAGUGAUGGAAGCGAAGCCUCCAUUCGCUCAUAUCCAAGCUCUUCCUCAGAAGCUACUGUUAGAUUUGUUGGAACGCGUUCUCCAAAACCUCUCUUCAACUCUACCAACAAUUCGGGUUCUGGAUUUGGAACGACGAAGUUGCCACUCUCUGCUACCCCGAGGAACUCCCCGAAUUCGAGUUAUCUCAGCCCUGCUUCUGGUCCCAACGAAGAAAAACAGGACUUCUUCAAAAUGAUUUCUUUGCCUCCAUUCAUCGGAUCGCACAAGUCUGUAGAAAAUCUGAGACGUUCUCACCGUCUGGAUUCCGACCCCACGAGCAGCAGAAAAUCGUCGAGCUCCGAUCUCUCCAGUGUUUUUGGCUCCUCAUCCGGGUUCGGUCCUGGCGUGUCAACUUUCUCGCGUUCCCGACAAAUGAACAGCAGCUCGUCCGACACUGUGAACAGUAGCGGAUUCGGCUCGAAACCCUCAGACUCUAAUAUUUCCAACGCGAGUUUCGGACCCUCCACCAGCACAACGUCCAGUGGCUUUGUCGAAAUAGCCAGUCCUUCUGGUUCUAAACUUCAAAUGCCAAGUAAGUCAUAAUUUUCUUAACUUUAUGUCAGUGUCAUUCAAAAAUAUGUUGGAAACAUGGGAAAUGUUUAAUAAAAAAAUAAAACAAAUCAAAAUGGGUGGUACCAUACCCUCUUUUGUUUUUUUUUUCUUUGCCAGUUUGAGAUUAUUCUUUUUUUUAAAUACAAUAUGUUUCUUAAACAUGUUUUAUUCGUUUAGAUCUUCCUUCUAAUGUAACGAAGAAGUUCCCUUCGGGCAAUGGGUUCAACUCAUCUGGUAUUUCAAAAUUGAGUUGCUGGUAAUCCAUGAUAAUUUUGAGGAGGAAGUUUUGGAUUGGCGAUCUUUGAGAAAGAUUCCUUCUCCCGUGUUUUGCAAUCGCUUGACUCUGGUUAGUUUUUUUUUGACAGAAAAAACUAUGCAAGAACUUUCAAUUAGUACCGUAGAUGUUUUGAAAAAGAAAUCUUUCAGGAAUUUUGAAUGAGAGCGGCAACGUUUCCGACAAGAAGUGCCGCCGAUGCGACGGGGAAGGACACUUCGCUCGCGACUGCGACCAGCCGCCGCGGGAGAACGACGGCAAGUGUCGCAACUGUAGCGAAGAGGGCCACUUCUCCCGCGACUGUCCGCAGCCCAAGAAGCUCGGCGGCAACUGUUUCAACUGCGGAGAUGCCGGCCACAACUCCCGCGGCUGCACCAAACCGCGCGACUUAUCCCGACUGCCGACGUUUCCGUGUCGCCACUGCAGCCAGGAAGGCCACUGGGCGCGCGAUUGCGUUCAGAAGCCGCCAAGACUCGAUGGUCCGUAUUUUGACCUCAUUUGGAAUUUGAAAAAUCAUGCUCAGUUCUUUUACGAGUAACCUAAAUAGAAUAAAAUAUGCGAUUAUCAGGGUCCGAAAACGUUUCAACAUUUUUUGUCUGAAGAAAGGGACGGAGUAAGACAAAUUUAAAUCUUCAUACACUAGAGAGUCGGAUAUUCCGCCUGUAAUCAUUCUUUGAAGUGAUAAAUAAUGGAAGUUAUAUAAAUUUAUCUUAUAUAUUUACUCAUAAGUUUUCUCCUAAUACGAGUUUAUGAAUUUGUCGAAAAUAUUAAAGCUUAUCAGGCUUAUAAAAAAAGGAAUCUAAUCGAAGAAAUUUUUAAUCUGAAUAGAAAGAAAGGAAAUAUCCAGAGGCUGGGAAUCCGCUGCCACCGCCUCUUAUUCCGCAGUUCCGUGAUGAGGAGGAGCUUUUCGAGAUCAUGAAGAAAAAUCCGACGCCGAUGAACUACGACGGGGAAGUCACUGUCACCAGCACGGCUAUCACAAGUUCUCCUCAUCUCGAGUUCGUUCUCAUUCUCUAAUCCGAUAUUUCAAAAAACAAAACGAAAGUAGUGUUGCAUGAAAUUUUUAAAAGAGAAAAAAAAUGGUGUGAAAUUUGAAGUUUGGAUUUGAAAUAGUUUCUGGACUAGUUUAUAUCGACAGAACUUUUUCCAGAUCGUAAAUAAUUUUUAAAAAAAUCUGACGAACAGUAAGAAUCGUUUUGUCUGUAUCCUUGUGAAAAGUUGAAAAACCAAAGAAGACGAUUGGCAAUGACUAUAAAAAUGAGUGAUUUUUCUGAAAGCAGCUUUUCAGAAACUUCGAACAAAUGUACGCGAUUCCAGAAGAGGUCAUGGCCAACCUCAAACGAAUGAAUUUCGCCAAGCCGACCGCCAUUCAGGGUUAUGCUUUCCAUCAUAUUUUCAAUGGUAAUUUCAGCUGGAGCAUUUUUUUUUAAAUUUUUUUUUGUUUCAGGAGAGGAUGUUCUUGGCUGUGCGCACACUGGCUGCGGGAAAACAGGUUGGAUUUCUAUUUCCGUUCAGAAGAGGAGGUUCAAAAAAUACAUUCGUAGUUUUCCGAACGAGACGAAUGUAGGUAACUCAGUGUUGCACGCGAUAACGAGUUAUUAAAAUUCCAAUUUUAAUGGAAAAUCUAAUUAGAAUUUUCUCAACGAAACAUUUUUUAUCUUUUUUUCAGCUGCCUAUUUACUUCCGAUCGUUUCAAAAAUGAUUAUGGAAGAGAGUUUUCAAGACGAAGAUUCGGACGACGUUGCCUCUCCUCGGUUGAUAGAUACUUUGAGUUUAACUCACUUUACUUUUUCAUGUCCAGUUGCUUGAUUCUGGCCCCUUCACGUGAACUGGCCGUCCAGAUUUUCGAAGACGCGCGCAGAGUUACCUUCAAGACGGGCGUCACAGCUCGGGUCAUCUACGGCGAAACCAACCAGGGUGCUCAAAUGCAGACACUCACUAGCGUCAAGGUUCUCCCGAUUCAGAAACUUUUCUAGUCGAAAAAUGUAGAAACUUGGGAUUUUGGUCGCCACAAUGGGCCGUUUGCGAGGUUUUCUCGACAUGCUCCCCCAAUUUUUGUCUCUCAAAAAGGUUUUAUUUUUAUUAUUGACCAAUACGAAUAACCAAAUUCCCAGAUGAAAUAUCUAGUUUUGGACGAGGGAGAUCGCAUGAUCACAGUGGAUAAUUUUGGAUGCGAGCUGAAGGAUCUGAUCGAGACUCACAUCUCCAAAGGCAGUCCUGAGGAUUGGGCCCACCAGACUGUUGCCUUCAGGUCAUUAUUGUGCAAUUAGCGCUUUCAUCAGAGUAGAAACUAGAUUUGAAGAAAUAUUUCAAUCGAAAGUUUUUUUGGAUUAGGACAACUGAUUUUCUUUCAGCGCUUCUUUCAAUGAGGCCGCUCAAUUGGAAGUGAAGAAUUUCCUCAAGCCAAACUUUGUCAUGUUGGGAGUCGCCGAAUUCGGCACGGCAAACAGUGAUAUUCAUCAGGUUGAAAUACAUCAAUGCAACCAUUUUUUUUUUCAGGAAGUCAUGGAAGUGGAAACUUCAGAAAAAGUUGAAAAGCUUUUCGAAUUGCUUGGAAUUGAUUUUGCGAAGCACAUUGUCUCAGAUGGUUUGGUUUGGCAACUAUUUGAAAUUUCAGCAUGAAAAGUACCUUGUUUUUAGUCAACUAUUUUUCUCUAAUCACACUGUUCCACAAUAUUUCAGGAUGACUUGAAAAUUGAUUACGCCCUAUUUGACUUGUUAUGUGUUUAAUUUGAGGUGCGCGUGUUCUCCGGGAGAAAACUUUGAUUUUCGUCAACGUCCGCACUCUGGUCGAUACUCUCGCCGCCCUCAUCCAGCAAGCCGGAAUCCCGACGACUUCGGUAGGAAUAAUGAUUUUGAAAUUAUGUUUCAAGUUUUACUUGCUCAGAUCCACAGUUUGCGCCAUCAAUCGCAGCGCGAAGAAGCUCUGGGCGCUUUCAAGGAGGGCAAGUAUAAGGUAGAGAAAAAAACAUUUCAACCCUCAAUUAUUAAUUUGAAGGAUUUGUAAUUUUAAUUUAUUACCAAAUACAAUAAAUAUCAAAAAGGAGACGUGGAAAUUUUCUAUUAUCUGUCAAAAAAACGAACCCUAACGCGAAAAACUUCUUAUUUGAACAUUUUGUAUGGGAAUUCGUAUAGGAAUUUUCGUAUCAUGUACUCGUUUGCCUAUUUUAAGCGUUAUUUUUUUUCAGGUUCUUGUCGCAAGCAACGUGGCGGCUCGCGGUUUGGACAUCCGUCACCUGGAUCAUGUGAUCAACUUCGAUCUUCCGCCUGUGCGAGAAUCUGAAGAAUACAUCAACAGAAUAGGAAGGUUUUUUUUUCCGAUUAUUUGGAGUUUUUUAAUGCUAGUUUGAAAAUCAAUGAGAAUUGGGUGCAGAGCGAAAUUUCCAUAACUUAUAUGAACUAAUGGUAAGAUUUUGAUAACUGAAAUCUAUAUCGGAAGAACACGGAGUAAAGAUUAUUUUUAUCUCAGAACUGGACGCGCCGGAAGUACUGGAACAUCGACGACAUUUUUCUGUCGAUCUAAGGAUCUGGAGAUGGUUCCGAAGCUCAUCGAAGUUCUUACCAAAGCUGGAAAAGUCUUCAUCAUUUUUUUUUUCUUUCACUGUAUACCCCCUUUUUUUUAGGUUGUCCCAGAGUUUCUCACUGAGCUUGAGAAGCAAGUCGGUGUCUCGGCAGCCGGUUUGGAUGAGGAAGAAUGGUGA